CUUAAACUCCCAUCAUCAUAAAGCCUUGCUUCAGGCCAAUUCUCAAUCUACAGGAUAUUUUAUAUCUCAAGAAUCAUCAUUUGGGAAUCUGAUACUACCAGUUCUGCCUAGAUUUGAUAGCAAACCGACAUAACUAAGAUGAAGUUGAAGCAGUUGGAAUACCACUUAUCAAGUAUAGAGCCAUUCAAGAAUCCUAAAAUAUUGUUGGAACAAUAUGUUACUCCUGCGCAUAUUGCAGCUUGUAUGUUGCACCACAUUCAGUCAGAAAAUGAGGAUAUCACUGGCAAAAUGGUAGCAGAUCUUGGAUGUGGGGCAGGAUGCUUAACAAUUGGUUCAGCUUUAUUAGAUGCCGCUCAAGUUUAUGGAUUCGAAAUUGACACUGAGGCCUUGGAAGUCUUUCAAGAAAACGUAGAAGAAUUUGAAGUUCCACAAAUUGAAACAGUUCAAUGUGAUGUUCGAAACAUACCCAGCAGAUUUGAUAAGUUUUUUGAUACAGUAAUAAUGAAUCCACCUUUUGGGACGAAGCAUAACGCUGGAAUUGAUAUGGAAUUUUUGGAAGUAGGAGUUAGGCUUUCAAAAAAUGCAGUCUAUUCCCUUCAUAAGACUUCUACCAGAAAUCAUGUUAUCAAACAUGCAAAAACCUUGGGACGGGAAGUUGAAGUUGUAGCUGAAUUGAAAUAUAAUCUACCUGCUACCUAUAAAUUCCAUAAGAAGAAAUCGGUGGAUAUUGAAGUGGAUUUGAUAAAGAUACUGGUAUAAAUGAAACUGUAUAUUUUUAAGUUUUGAUGAAAAGAUUUUUUAUGAUGUGACUGUUGAAUAAAAUUAUUUCUUAA